AUGGACGUAGCAUCUUUGUUAUCUGCAUCUCUCUCGCCAGAGCAACAAGCCCGGGCUACAGCCUCGGAACAGCUCGAACAAGCAGCCAGCCAGGAUUACCCUUCGUACAUCUACACGCUCUCGAAUGAAUUGGCCAACGAGUCCCAGCAGCCGUUUAUCCGCCAGGCCUCUGGUUUGGCUAUUAAGAAUUCGCUUGUCGCGCGGGAUCAGUCGAGAGCCCUGCAUCAGUCGCAGAGGUGGCUCGCACUCGACUCCACCCACCGCGCCCAGAUCAAGCAGAUUGUACUCGCUGCUCUCUCCACCAAAGCUAUCGGUGCUGCCGCUGCCCAAGUCAUCAGCGCUGUCGCCGCGAUUGAACUGCCUCACGACCAGUGGCCAGAGCUCGUGCCGACGCUGCUCAACAAUGUCACUGACGCCUCCGAUGAAGCUAAGCGUAUGACUACGCUCGUUGCUAUUGGUUUUGUCUGCGAGUCGGUUCCUGCUGACACUCUCGCUGCUCGCUCAAAUGAAAUCCUUACAGCUGUUGUCCAGGGCGCUCGCAAAGAGGAACCCUCCACUGACGUUCAAAAUGCUGCUAUCAACGCCCUCAACAACUCACUCGACUUUGUUAGAGACAACUUCGAGCGCGAGGGCGAGAGGAAUUACAUUAUGCAGGUCGUCUGCGAGGCUACUCAGUCCUCUUCCACAGACGUUCAGAUCGGCGCCUUCAAGUGUCUCGUUAAGAUUAUGAACAUUUACUACUCCAAAAUGGGCUUCUACAUGGAGAGAGCUCUCUUUGGCUUGACAGUCCUCGGAAUGCAAAACCCAGAAGAAGGCGUCGCUCUCCAGGCUAUCGAAUUCUGGUCUACUGUCUGCGAUGAGGAGAUCGAAUUGGCUUUGGAAGCCAACGAGGCUGCCGAAUUUGAUGAACCUGUCGAAAGAGAAUCGAAAAAUUUCGCAAAGGGCGCUUUACCGGAAAUUAUUCCCGUUCUUCUCAAACUCCUCACUCAACAGGAUGAAGAUGCUACCGACGAUGAGUGGAAUGUCUCAAUGGCUGCCGGUACCUGUGUCAGCCUUCUCGCUCAGACUGUCACCGACGAUAUUGUUCAGUAUAUCGUCCCAUUCGUCGAAUCCAACAUUCGUUCGACAGAUUGGCAAGGUAGAGAGGCUGCCGUCAUGGCCUUUGGUUCUAUCUUGGAUGGUCCAAGCCCAGCACUUCUCGCUCCACUUGUCUCACAAGCUCUUCCAACCCUUAUUGAGAUGAUCAGAGAUCCUUCUAUCCAUGUCAAGGAUACUACUGCAUGGACACUUGGUCGUAUUUCAGAUGUUCUCAUCGAUUGCAUCAAGCUUGAUAUUCACCUUCACGAAUUAGUUUUGGCCUUGGUCGCCGGUUUACAGGACAACCCUCGUAUUAUUGGUAACUGUUGCUGGUCGUUGAUGAACCUUGCCGAUCAGUUACAAGGAAUUGAAGACGCUGAUGGUAACAUUCAGUCAUCCCCUCUUUCUCCUUACUAUGAUGGUAUUUUAUCUACACUCAUGCAAGUCAGUGAUAGACCUACUAACGAUAACAAUUCACGUACAUCAUCUUACGAAGCCAUCUCAACACUCAUUGCUCAAGCUCCACAAGAUUCUUUACAGACUAUUAGUCAAGUCACUGUCGCUUUACUUGAGCGUAUGGAACAACUUCUCGCAAUGCAAAACCAACUCCUCGGUACUGAUGAUAGAGCUAAUUGGAAUGAGUUACAAUCGAAUCUCUGCUCAGCAAUCACGGCAGUCAUUCGUAGACUCGGCAAGGAGAUUAAACCAUUGGCUGACAGGAUUAUGACUAUCUUGUUGAGUUUGAUUUCAUCAUCAGGUAAACACUCCACUGUACUUGAAGAUGCUUUCCUCGCGAUCGGUGCGAUUACUACGGCGUUAGAGACCGACUUCUCUCCAUACUUGGAGGCAUUCAUGCCAUUCCUCUACCAAGCGCUCAAAUCACAUGAAGAGUACCAGCUGUGUUCGAUUAGUGUUGGUUUGAUUGGUGAUAUCUGCCGUGCCUUAGGCGAAGCGUCUAGUCCAUACUGCAACAACUUUAUGAAUGUUUUAUUGGAGAAUCUCGCAGCAUCACAACUUCACAGAUCAGUGAAGCCACCAAUCCUUUCCGCGUUUGGUGAUAUCGGUAUGGCGAUAGGAGGACAAUUUGAGCCAUACCUUCCAGUGACACUGCAAGUACUUCAACAAGCUGGAAGUAUGAUGCCGGAUCCAAACAACUAUGAUCUCAUCGAUUAUGUUGCCACGCUGCGCGAAAGCAUUCUUGAGGCAUAUGUGGGUAUAGUGAGUGGAUUGAAGAUUGCAGAUAAGAGUAAUCUUCUGCUACCAUACUUGCCAUCUAUUUUCAACUUUGUACAAAUCUGCGCUACUGAUCAGGAGCAUACACAGGCAGCACUCGGCUCAGCUGUCGGAUUGCUCGGUGAUCUUGCAGACGCAUAUCCAAGAGGAGAGGCCAAGGAAUUAUUCCUGCAGCCUUGGGUGGCUGAUAUGCUUAAGUCGAGCAGAACUAGAGGCGGGACUGAAUCUAUUAGAAGAACAGCGAAAUGGGCAAGAGAGAUGAUCAAACGCGCUACAGCUUAA